CUCCCACCAAAAACAGGCUAUCCAGCUCGUCUUACACCAAUCUCAACCCGCCAUUUAACUUCUACAACUGCAUUGCAAUAAUAGUUGUUGAGAUUCUCUGACUACCGCUUACUCAGUUCAAUUUGUUGUCAAUUCUGUCGAAAUGGAUAUCAUCAAGUCUAUCCUCCCUGAAGCAAAGGGUGUUCUACCCUACUACAUGAUCAUCCUGUCCAUUAUUUCGAUCGGAAACUCGCUGCAGACGUAUACAACCCUACACUUCUCCCGACGAGUCUACAACGGCAAAUUCGUCCGUAACCCCAAGCUCCCCUCCAAGACCGAUAAGUUCGAGCCCGAGGAUCAGAUCAACAAGCUGGUUCCUGCUCAGAACGACCCCAAGGCUACCGAUCAGCUUACUCCCCUUGCCGGAAGACUUUUCGGCACCUGGACGCUCAUCACUUGCGUUGUUCGAUGCUACGCAGCUUAUAACCUCCACAUUGGUCCUGUUUACACCAUUGCUUACUGGACUUACAUUGUCGCGCUGGGACAUUUUGCCAGUGAGCUUUUCGUUUUCAAGACCAUGACUUUUGGUCUCCCUCAGUACUUCCCUUUCACUCUGGCUUCCAUCUCUCUUAUCUGGAUGCCUCUUGUCCGUGACUACUAUGUCGAGUACAACUAAAUCAGGUGAUAAGUGGUGAGAUUGGUGAGUGGCGGUGAAUGUAAUAUACACAUGGCAGGCAAAUACUAGAUGCCCUGGAACCAGUACGACGGCGACUUGUUUUUAGAUAAAAAGUCUAGAUUUUAAUGUUUUAAUGCUCCGGCUUUAUUCCUAUAGAUUCUUGCGGUAUAGCUCUCCUCCACAAUUCCUCAAACGAACUGUGGCCUGCUCAGGAGUGAUAUCACGUUGAGGCUCGGCCAGAAGCUCAUAUCCAACGAGAAACUUCUUGACGGUGGCUGAACGCAGCAGAGGUGGGUAAAAGUGCAUGUGGAAAUAUGCGCUUUCCAACUCUUCCGGUGUUCCGUCAAGAGGCGCCUGGUGAAGGCCAGAACUGUAGGGAAAGUUGCAUUCGAACAAGUUAUCGUAUCGUCGGGUGACUUCUUGAAUGGCUUCGGCAAAUUGGAGUCGUUCCUCGGGCUUGAAAUCGAGAAGAGAUCGGAUGUGUCGCUUAGGAAGAACGAGGACUUCAAAAGGCCAUACAGCCCACCACGGGCAUACAAUCACAAAAGCAUCGUUCUCCCAAACAACUCGUUCUUGCUUCUCGAGUUCAAGCUUGACAUAAUCGCCGAGGAGGUGUCGGCCGCCGUGUUGCUCUCGGUACUUGCUCAUUUGCACAAGCUCCUUGCCAGGUUCCUCGGGCAUGGUUGAUGUGGUCCAGACCUGGCAAUGAGGAUGAGGGUUAGAGCAGCCCAUAGCAGCGCCCUUGUUCUCAAAGAUCUGCAUAUAUCUAUACUGCUCCUCAGGAGAAGGUGCAGCGUCCUUUGACAUAGAAAUAGCCAGCUUGUCAGCUUCGGCAGCCCGAGGGUUUGACGGUGUCAGAUGAUUGGCGUAAAUUCGAGUCCAGUGCUCAAUGACGGGAACAAUCUCGUCAGCUGUCAUGUCUGCCAGUGUAACAUGGUGCUUGGGUGAGAAAGUGAGCACGUAACACACGCCUUUAACACCCUGAGCUUGAAGGAGAAGAGAUUCCAGGUCAUUGGAUGAGGCUUUCGCAUCAUAAUCUGGCUGCUCUUGCUUGACGGCGCUGUAGUCGUUUACAAAGGCAAAAGUCUUUUCGUAAUUCGGAUUUUGGUCGCCAGCAGCUCGUGGGUUACCGGGACAGAGAUAACACUGGUUUUGUCAGGGGAUUGAGGUGUUAUGAUGUGAUGUCAUGAGCGUACUUUGGGGUCAUAUUCUGGAAGUUUUGAUGCGACAGCAGCUUCUUGCUGGCCUCUAUUUCAUGUCAGACCAUUCCUAAUUAAAGUAUGCAAUACUCACUGCCAAGGUCGCUUCGUGCGAUGAGGUGAUACAAGCAGCCAUGAAUCCGUGAGGGGAUUGUAUCGACGGUGAGAAAUAUCGUCAAGAAUUUGAUCAGGCAUGAUGAUAGUGGAGUGGCAAUUUAAAGUGAAUGAGGGGUUGAUGAGAGACAAUGAAUAUUUAGAGAAGGGUUCAGCUUUAAUUUAUUACUGCUAGAAGCCGAGGCUAGCGAUAGACGAUACAAGAUAAAUAGCCAACUAACAAAGACUCCCCAGGGAUUCUGAAUGGUGCGGUUCAACGGUGAUAUUCUCGGC